AUGCGUGAUGAGAUUGAUACUCAACGCCCAGGUAAAAAGUUUACAUGGGAAGAGCUUUCCAAGCACAAUACGCGUAAUAGCGCCUAUGUCGCCGUUCGUGGAAAUGUCUACGAUAUCACAGAUUUUAUAGAACGUCAUCCGGGUGGUGAGGAUAUUUUGUUAUUCGCCGCAGGGAGGGAUGUCACUCAGGCAUUUGAGACAUAUCACGAACUCGGGAAGCCUGAUAUCGUUCUUAAGUAA